AUGGAGGAAGGAAAAGAAACCGCAGCACACCGCUCAAGUCGCGUGAUUGAAGAAAAAAUGGGUAUUUGCAUGAGCAAUGACUUUCCUCUUCUGACUGAUGAAAACUUUGAUUUUGACCUUUCUCUCUCUCCAGCAAGUGGAAAUGAAGAUGAAGUUUUUGUUGGACCUUUGGGACAUAAAGAAAAAUGUAUUGCCACCAAUAUUGAGGCCAAAGAGUGUGAUGAAAAGAAGAGCGUACCUGCUUCUGAUGAACUCCUGUGGAGUCCACUUAAAGGAGAGAAAUUUGUGGAAAUUUUCAAAGAAGCCCGUUUGCUAGCACUGCGAAUAGAGACUGAAGGCAAGAAUGAACAGACUAAAAUAAGCCAACCAGAAGAACAGGGCAACAAAGUUGCUGAAAAAUUUGUGGAGGACUCGAAGUCAAAACUGAAAAUACUGAGAGACCAAAAUAUAGAGAAAAGUCCCAGGGCUGUUAAGAGGGAGACAUACUGUGUGCAGGAUAGCCUAGCAUGUCAGCUGCCAGCUUGUUUUCAGAAGGAGUCAGAUAAACUUUUGUCAGAUGACAGAGCACAUGCUCUUCAUACUCCUGAAAAUAGAUGCCCUGUUAAAAUGUGUGUCUCUUCUACAAAAACUGCCAGUUCACCUCUGGUACAAAAGCAGAAAACUACGGAAAGAAAUACAAAGGCAACUGGCAAACUGCCAAUGGCAAAAACUUUAUCUACUCUUGGGAAAAGCAAUUUGUCGGUUACUGAAAAGCCUAGCUUAAAGAAAACAACACAGCUGAAACUUCCUGGUGUUGGUCUCUCAAGAAAGAUGAAUGCAUCUUCGUCAUCAAUUUCCAGCAUGAACUUCAGUCUGAAUUCAAGUUUACUGCUUUCUCCCACAGGAAAAGAUGGAAAAUCAAGUAUGUCUUCAAAAGCUAAUGUGAGUGGCUCUAAGCUUUCAUCAAGUACAAACAGGCUGGCUAAAGUGUCAUCUCUGCUGGCUGUCAAUACUGAGAAAUCCAAGAAUCAAGCAAGAUCAGCCAGUACUCGCAGUUCUGUAAGCUCAGCUAACUCUUCAGCUUCUGUAACAUCUGAGUCUGCAGGCAGUGGAAUUCAGAGACUGAGUUCUCCUGAUCUGCAGAAGCUAUGUCAGCAGAAUAAAGAUGGAAGUGGAAUGAAAGGAAGCCUCUGUCCAAAGCCCAGGGCUAGAAUUUUGUCUGUUCCUACAUGUCAAACUAAGGUUUUAGUGAAAACUGCAGACACACCGAAAGGAACAGCAUCUCUUGGAUCAACAUAUUGUGGCAUACUUGGAAGUGCAAUGGCAGUCAGCACUCCAGUGAAAGCCUCAGAAGAUGGGAUCUUUCAGAAUUCUUCGUUUCCUAAAAGGUCUGCCUGCAUGACUCCUGCCGGUCUGAAGCGGUCUGGCUUACCUACACCUGUUCGUCGGAUCUCAGGAUUUCCUGCAGUGACUCCGAAAACUGCACCAAGAAUGGCGUUUUCACCACAUGUGGCAUCUGUUCACCAAAGUUCCAGCUUUUCUACCAAAAAGACUCUUGCAGCUGGUUUUAAGCAGACAAAAGAGACUAAGACACAGGUAUCUUCUUCAGAAGAUGUAUUUCCUCCACCUGUACUACCUCUUGCACUUAACUUCUCACCAGAAAAAAAUGUGACAGAAGUGGUAGAAAACAAAUUAAAAGAGGAUGAAGUACAAAAUCAGCUGGCUGAAGAGAAGCAAACUGAGGUUUUACUGGUAGAUAUUGGAGAAGACAAACCUUUCCCACAGACUUUGGAAUGUGAAAAUAGACCCCUGAUUGACCUUUCCAAUACUCCUGAACUGAGUAAAAAUAGCCCUCUAAAGCCUGUAUUCUCAGAGCAGGUAAAGCUAAUUGAUUUGAGUUCACCUCUUAUCACUCUGAGUCCUGAUGUCAACAAGGAAAACGUUGAUUCCCCUUUAGUCAAGUUCUGA